GACAUCAUGUUGACCUCCGACACGGUGAAGGUCGCGUGCUGCAAUUUUAUGAGGACAUGGAGAGGUUGACAAUGGGAGCUCCUCCAGCCACCACCUGUACAGGUGUGGGACGUGCCAGUUGUCACAUUCGAACUCAGAUCCGUGACCUGUGCUGCCUGGAAUGGGGAAAGAGCUGUGAACAUUGUUCCUACAAAAACGCUAACGACAAAAGGUGGGACAACCAGCUCAUCAUCCUCGUUGCAGAACAUGCCAGCUCCGGGAUGUUCCACUUUAUCGUCCCACUAAGAUCCUCGGCAAUUGGUGUCAAUGGAUUAAGUCCCAUAAUUCUUCUUCUAGAGGAAGCACCGGAUUACCUAUUUUUGGAAUCCCUGGCACAUUUUCCUCUUGUUUAUUACAUGAUUGGCUCAAUCAAAAGUAUAGAUGACCUUUUGGUGGCCGGCAUCAACAAGGCUAGUCAUCUUGUCAUUGUCAACCGAGACCCAGAGAAGAGUUCGGAAGGAGAGGAGUUUCUAGAGGACUCGGAGACUGUUGUUGCUGUUCAGACCAUCUCAAGACUGUUUCCAAGCACGUAUGUUUUGACAGCGCUGAGUCAAACCUCCAAUAUGAGGUUUAUGAGGUUCUCUGUUCCUUCGAUGCACUCGCAGAAAAAGGUAAACUUGAGUGAUCUUCGGGACUCAGCCGCGUCUGCUGUGAGAGAGAUCUUUAGACUUCCUUUUGCUGCUGGUCAGGUUUUUUCAGCCAACAUGCUGGACACAUUGUUGUACCAGACUUUCACCAAAGGUUACCUGAUCAGUUUUGUGAGGCUUCUACUGGGCAUUGACUCUGAGAAAGGUUCUGGACAUUUAUCUAGCAUCCGUGUGAGGAAGUCCACACUUCAGAGAUUCCACGAAUAUAAAGAUCUAUACUCCUGGUUGUGUUUGUCUACUGGAGAAGUCCCCUUUGCUAUUUAUCGAACGGAGCGAGUCGCAAAGGAAACUGAUAAGGAAAUGAUUGCUCGAGUGUUUUACGGUGAUGAGUUCUUUGAUCUUGUCAAUGAAAAGGUUGGUAAACGAUUUGGGGCAAGACAGAACUCUCUUGUGAAUGGCUACCGGUUCUCUGCAGCCUGCAAAUCCUCAUCUGUUGACUUGGGCAGUCUGAUCCGCAGCCGGCUGCAGUCUCUGGACAUGACACAGGGAGACUACAGUGAAGUGAAAAUUCGUCGCAACAUCUUGUCAUACGUCAUUACAAAUCCUUCUCCUUCAGAGAAACUCAGAGUUGGUGAUAUUAUCUAUGUGAUUCAGCCAUCCUCCAUGUGGGCAACUCCCAGCAGGCAGCAGUACUUUCUCCAUCGCAGCCACAGUGCCCCUAAGAUGAGCUCGCCCAGCUUACACAAUCUGGACAGGAAGAACGGAGUCCUUAAGACCCCUAGCAAAGAAGGCCACUUUGAUUCAGUUAUCUUCAGCCAGGGCGAAGAAACCGAAACUUGA